UGAGGCGCACUAUUGAGAAAAAGCAAGCAUCAUAUGCAACAUUCCAAAAUCGAAAAAACCAAUUCACUCCCCAAUCUUUUGAUCCUCUUUUUGGCCUUGCUCAACCCCGAGAAUCUCGACGCCCCGCCCACCUUCUGUUCUGUCCCCUGGCUCAUCCGCUCAUUACAUUCGCCUAUAUUAGUCCCCACGUUAAUCGUCACGAAGCAGAGACCAAACACACUUUGUCCGAUCAUGGUCGAGCUUCCACCUUCUUCGCGUCUAACCACAUUAGUCUUCCUCUUGUCGUUCGCAUUGGCCGUUUCCACGAGAGAGCGAGUCCCGACUCCCCCGUUGCCAAUCCUCCCUCUACCCUCCUACUCGCAGCUCAAAUGGCAGCAGAGGGAGAUCAUCAUGUUCCUCCACUUCGGCGUCAACACCUUCACCAACUCCGAGUGGGGGACCGGGCACGAGGACCCGGAUGUGUUCAACCCGGUCGGCCUCGACGCGAACCAGUGGGCGAGUGCGGCCGCGGACGCCGGGAUCUCGCUCAUGAUCUUGACUGCUAAGCACCACGACGGGUUCUGCUUGUGGCCGUCCAAGUACACCGAUCAUUCCGUGGAGAGCAGCCGUUGGAAAGGCGGGAAAGGGGACGUGGUUCAAGAGUUUGUGGAUGCGGCCAAGGCUCGUGGGCUCGAUGCCGGGCUGUACUUGUCCCCAUGGGAUAGGCACGAACCUAGAUAUGGCGACAGUUUGGAGUACAAUGAGUAUUACCUGGCGCAACUGCAAGAGCUUCUCACCAAGUAUGGGGACGUGAGGGAGAUAUGGUUCGACGGAGCGAAGGGUUCGGACGCGCCAAACAUGACGUAUUACUUCACGGAUUGGUUCUCCAUGGUGAAGGAAUUGCAGAGCUCGAUCAACAUAUUCUCAGACGCAGGUCCUGAUGUGAGAUGGGUUGGGAAUGAAAAAGGAUUUGCAGGGACCACCUGUUGGGCCACCAUUAACAGGACCUCUCUCUCCAUUGGGAAUGCCAGCCUUGAAGGGUAUCUGAACACCGGCGAUCCAAGAGGGACCGAUUACCUGCCACCAGAAUGCGACGUCUCGAUCAGAGAAGGAUGGUUCUGGCACAAGUCGCAGUCCCCGAAAGAGCUAAGCAAACUGCUCCAAAUAUACUACAACUCGGUGGGACGAAAUUGCGUGCUGCUCCUCAACGUGCCGCCUAACACGACAGGCCUCGUAUCCGAGACCGAUGUCCACAGAUUGAAGGAGCUGAGGAACGCACUGGACACCAUUUUCUCUGUCAAUUUGGCGGAGAAGUGCUCCACGAAAGCAAGCAGCCGAAGAGGAGGCAAGGACGGCGGGUUUGGGCCGGAGAAUGUGCUGGACGGCGACCACUUGUGGACCUACUGGGCUCCGGCGGAUGAAGACGAUGGUGGUGAGGCGGACCACUGGAUUGAGAUGAGGGGGACGGACGGAGGGCUCAGAUUCAACGUGGUCAGGAUCCAAGAAGCGGUGGGGCUUGGUCAACGCAUCAAACGGCACGAGGUCUACGUUGAUGGCAAGAAGAUAGCUCAAGGGACCACGGUGGGGCACAAGAGGCUUCACAGGCUCAAAGGAGGUGUGGUCCAAGGUAGUGUGGUGAGGGUCAGGAUCACUGAAUCGAAGGGCUUGCCUCUCGUUUCUUCCAUUGGCCUGCAUCUUGACCCCUUCUGGCAACCCAAGGACGGGAAGUGGCUCUAAUGAAAAGGUCCCUUUAGCUUAGCAGACACA